AUGACUGUGGAAUCUCUUCCGAGUGCGACCUCCUCUGCUUUCAACCUUGGUCGAACCACUUUGAAAUCGCGAAGCAGCUUUAAAAGCGGCUUGAAAAAUCCUGCUGCUUCUGAAACCCCUGAUUCGCAAGCCGCUAAACUGAAAGAUGAUGGGUAUCGCCUUGCAAAGCUAGAAAACGCAGAUAAGUUACUAAUACAGAUGGUGGUUUUAAUCGAUAUUGCAAUUUUUGGACUUUCGUAUUAUUACCCCUGGUUUUCUAAAUUUUACACUUUACAAUAUAGAUACCCACAUAGUGACUUCUAUGACAUGGGUAUUGAUGAUUCAUAUUUCCUGAUAUUCAGUGUGCUAAAUUUGGUACUCAUUAGAAGCUUUUGCAUGUUAUACAUAUUGAAGCCUAUUGCACGGUCUUUCCAAAUGUACAAACUCAAAGCAAUACAGAGGUUUAAAGAACAGGGGUGGUCAUUCAUAUAUUUUUCCCUCUCGUGGUCAUUUGGAUUUCAUUUAUAUCUGCACUCAGAUUAUUACUUGGACUGCGAUAAGUUUUACGAGAGCUGGCCGAACGACAAAAUGUCGGCCUCCUUUAAAGCCUACUAUCUUAUCCAAACUGCAUGUUGGUUACAACAAAUGAUUGUUCUUCAUAUUGAAGAGAAAAGAAAAGAUCAUUAUCAAAUGUUUUCUCACCACAUAAUCACAUCACUGCUUUGCAUAGGCUCUUACGCUUACUACUUCACUAAGAUUGGACAUGUUAUCUUUUUACUGAUGGACAUCGUCGAUGUUUUUCUUUCAUUCGCCAAAAUCCUCAAAUAUUGUGGCUACCAAACCUUUUGUGACAUAAUGUUUGCCGUUUUUAUGAUCAGCUAUAUUGCGCUACGGCACGUUGUAUACAAUUAUUUGUUUUACCAUGCUUACAAAAAUGCCUACAAGAUGCAUGGAACUUGCGAGGAAUUGGCGCCCCUUGGUGACUAUAAGAUCUGUUACAGCAAUGCAACGGUCAAUAUAUUUUUAUCAUUACUUGGUGGAUUGCAACUGAUUACAAUCUUCUGGAUGUUCCUCAUUGCCAAAGUAGCAUAUAGAGUCAUUUCUGGAGAUAGUGCGGAUGAUGUGAGAAGCGACGAUUCAGAUUAG